GGUCAAACUUCAGUUAGCCAAUCAGUAACCAAGUUUCAAACUGUUUUAACAAGCCCGGCGUUAAAAAUACACCGAUCGUGUUUUAUUUGUUAAAUAUUACUUACGUUACACGAUGAGGAAAAGAGUUGACACACAGGAGAAUUCAUUCUCCGCAGCCAGCGACGUUCAGGGGACGGCCGGAGUCCAGAGGAAGGAGAGGGCACCGUCCCGAUGGUCACUAAAGAGAGGCUUAUUUGCCAUACUCAUUAUCUUCAUUUUGGCGCCUUUCACACUGAAGAUACUCCCUGAAUUAAUCCAGUACCUUGUGUACACUCACAGAGUCAGUGUGCCGUUCUUUGUUGACCUCAGCCAACCCGCUGAUCUAUCCCUAAAUCACACCAUCAACAUGUACUUAACAUCAGAGAAAGGAAUCUCCCUCGGCGUAUGGCACACCGUCCCUGAAAGUCAGUGGAAGGAGGCACAGGGGAAGGACUUGGCGUGGUACCAGAACACUUUAAGCGAUGGAAGUCCAGUUUUCAUCUAUUUUCAUGGGAACACGGGCACAAGAGCGGCUCCUCAUCGAGUGGGAGUGGCAAAGGUAUUGAGUGCGCUCGGUUACCACGUGCUGGUGCCCGACUACAGAGGGUUUGGAGAUUCCACCGGGGAGCCGACCGAAGCUGGGCUGAGCACUGAUGCCCUCUACUUGUACAACUGGGUCAAAAAACGCAGCGGAAGCAGCCUGGUGGUCAUCUGGGGACACUCUCUUGGCACUGGAGUGGCCACUAACGCUGCAGUCAAACUGCUCAAGCAAGGCGUGGUCUUUGAUGGUGUGAUGCUGGAGGGUGCAUUCAAUAGUGCUCGACAGAACAUUCCAGUUAACCCUUUUUCUUGGUAUUACUGGACAUUUCCAGGCUAUGGGUACUUUUUCCCCGAGCCAUGGGCCAAUAACAAGGUUGUGUUUCCUACUGAGGAAAAUUUAAAGAAAAUGAAAAGUCCGAUACUUUUCCUUCACGCAGAGGACGAUCACUUAGUUCCCAUUCAAGUUGCUCAGCAGAUGUACGAGGUAGCAGCAAGCGCCCAGAAUGCUGAGCGAGUCAAGCUGGUGUCGUUUGACGGCUCUCUUGGGUAUCUGCACAACGGCUUAUACAGAGACCCCCACCUGCCCGACAUCAUAAAGAAGUUUGUGCAGUCGUUGUGAAGCGGGAACAACGCCUAAAGCAGAAAAACCUCGCCACAGUUCAGACACAGAACACCGGUUUAAUGUCAUUGCACUCUGUGUUCAAAUGUUUUUCUUUAUUUGUACUGCAACAUUGUUGAUUGGUUCAUAAAUUUGUGAUUUAUUGUAGAUGUAUAAGUUUAUUGUGUCAAUUCAAAAUUGCUGUCAGUUCAUUAUUUUAAGAAUGAAUGUAAAAUCGUUCAGGGAAACAGAUAUUAACUUUGUUUAAUUUGAAAUUGAAUUGGUCAUUUCUGAUUUAUUUUAAAUCUAUGUGUAAUUUAUUCUUUAUUCUUCAGAGCUGAAGAUGACAUUCCCUUUGGAAACGUCAUUGGGUCGAGACAUUGUUACGAUAGGUGCCCUCUACUGGGCAUUGGUGUGUGAUGAUAAGACUCAUCUCUAAUAAUACUGGAUUAUCAGCUUGGCAUGUCUGUGUGUUGGUGACGUUUUGUCAUAAUAACAAGC